GACGCAGGCAGCGCGUGCGGCGUGCGGCUAGCCCUGCGCAGAGCGGAGCGGCGGUAUGGGAUUCAGGAUUGGCUUGACCUGCUGGCGUAGCGCUCUGCUUGCCAGCCGAGGCCACACAGCAAGGUGCACCGCGUCCUCAGUAGCAGCCCUCAAGGACGAAGUGAAAGAGUACGCGCGUCCGUACAGCGAGGUUCCCGGGCCCAAACCGCUGCCGCUUGUCGGCAACACCUGGCGAUUCCUUCCUUUCAUAGGCGACUUCAGCAUCGAAGAAAUUGAUCAAGUAUCGCGUGAUCUGUACCGGCAAUAUGGUCGCGUUGUCAAGUUGGCUGGCCUGAUGGGGAGACCCGAUAUGCUGUUCCUGUAUGACGCUGACGAAAUCGAGCGUGUAUUCCGCAACGAGGAGCUCAUGCCACACCGUCCCUCCAUGCCCUCCCUCAACUACUACAAACAUGUUCACCGGAAGGAUUUCUUCGGAGACAACGCAGGUGUUAUUGCUGUGCAUGGAGAGAAAUGGUACAAAUUUCGUACCAGAGUGCAGCAGAUAAUGCUGCAGCCAAGAACUGCCAAGUUGUAUGUAAGGCCGAUCGAGGAGACUGCAGUGGCAUUCGUGAAACGAGCCCGAGAUAUCAGGAACAGUGACCUUGAAGUGCCAGAUGAUUUUCUAAAUGAGAUUCACAAAUGGUCAUUAGAAUCUAUUGCCCGGGUGGCAUUAGACGUACGCCUGGGAUGCAUGGAUGCACAAGUUUCACCCUCCACAUCAGACACUCAGAAAUUAAUAGAUGCCGUCAUAACAUUCUUUUCAAAUGUUGGCGUCCUUGAGCUCAAGUUUCCUUUAUGGAAGCUCUUCACCACACCUACAUGGAGGAAAUACAUCAACGCACUCGACACAAUCACUAAUCUGUCCAUGAAGCACAUCAAUGCAGCCUUGGAACGUCUGCGGUCAAGCGGACCAGUCCACGUAGACAAUGAUUCAUCCCUUCUGCAGAGAAUACUGGCUCUGGAUCCUGAUCCUAGGACAGCCUGCAUCCUAGCAAUUGAUAUGUUCCUUGUGGGCAUUGACACAACGUCCACAGCAGUGGCAUCCAUCUUAUACCAGCUGUCACAACAUCCAGAGAAGCAAGAAAUCUUGUAUGAUGAAAUCCGGACAAUUCUGCCGUCUCCCAACACAACCCUAACAGCUGAGCGCCUGGAACAACUAAAUUACCUCAAAGCAUGCAUUAAGGAGACACUAAGGAUGUACCCAGUUGUAAUUGGCAAUGGAAGGUUACUGACAAGAGAUACUGUCAUAGCAGGAUACCAAAUACCAAAGGGAACACAGGUGGUAUUCCAGCAUUAUGUGAUCAGCAACCUGGAACAUUACUUCCCAAAGCCUGAGCAAUUCCUACCAGAGAGAUGGCUUAAAAUCUGCAAUGAGCACAAGCAAGCACAAAACCAUCACCCCUUUGCUUCACUUCCUUUUGGCUAUGGUCGAAGGAUGUGUCUAGGACGCCGCUUUGCAGAUCUAGAGAUUCAGACAGUAAUUGCUAAGAUGAUCCAGACAUUCAGAAUCGAGUACCAUCAUGAAAAAUUGCAGUAUCGCAUUCAUCCCAUGUACACACCAGAUGGUCCUUUAAGGUUCCGGCUCAUAGAGAGGGAGUGAUUCAUGCUUUAUAUUAAAUACAAAUAUUUAAUGUUUCCAUUCAGAAAUAUCAACACCUCACUUCAAUGCUGAAGGAGUGAAGAAA